UCAUGUGACAUUUUAAACCGGAACUGAAUAGUAAAAACAAUAUAGCGGUUUAACACGAAUCAAGUCGCUCGUAAAUAUCAUUUAGUGUAUUUUUUUUCUCAAGUGCUGAGAGAUUUCUAAAGAACACAAAGGAAAACAUUGCAGAAAACGUGCAGCAAUACGAAGCUGGCUCCUCCACUGUCUGUCACGAUGCCCGCUCUACUGGAGAGACCAAAGCUGUCCAAUGCGAUGGCCAGAGCCCUGCAUAAACAUAUCAUGAAAGAGAGAGAGAGAAAAAGACAAGAGGAGGAAGAAGUGGAUAAGAUGAUGGAACAGAAAAUGAAAGAGGAGGAGGAAAGGAAACGAACUAAAGAAAUUGAGGAACGAAUGUCUUUGGAAGAGACUAAAGAACAGGUUCAAAAAAUGGGUGAAAAAUUGCAGGUGUUGCAAGAGGAGAAACAUCAGCUCUUCUUACAGCUUAAAAAAGUCCUUCAUGAGGAGGAAAAGCGUCGCAGAAAGGAGCAAAGUGAUAUUACAACACUGCCUUCAGCCAGUUAUCAGUCCAGCUUACCUCUGCACUCAGGACAGCAUCUACUCAGCAUACAAGGAAGUCCAGUGAGUCACAAUAGAGCCAGUGCUUUGUUAGGGGAGCGCAGUAAACAGUUGUUUCAAACACCUCUGAUGCCUAGUCAUCAAUUCUCCAGUCAGCCAGGUUUCCUCCCUGGAUCCUCGGAGCAUGGGCAGUUCUCAAGUAGCGCUGCUGUCCAUGAGCCAUUUGCAGUCACCCAGGCCCAGCACCACACCUCUUACGGACAUGCUGCUUCUGUGCCCAUCAGCUUUGCAGGCACCACCCAGAUCAGAAGUGCAUCACCUUUCCAGAGCAUGCCAUUCCUGCCCCACCAGCCACAGGGUUAUGCUGUCCACAGCCAUUUCACUGCCCAGCCAGGAUUCAUCCCUACUGCUAGUAUCCCCCUUCAGAAACAGCUUGAACAUGCUAAUCAGCAGUCUGGCUUUACUGACUCUGCUGCUCUUAGACCCAUGCAUCCACAGGCUUUACAUGUGAGUGCAGCUGGUUUAAUGUCCACUCCAUCCAUGGCUGUCCAGAUCCCUACUGCCAAGGCUCCAUUCCAGAGUUCACCUCAGCAAGCAUCACGUCACGCCUUCGUCCCUCACGCUCAGGCUGGACAGAGAUUCUUCCACCAUGGAAAACCACAUUAACUACUAAAAGUAUGACCACGACAAGGUGCCAGGUUACAGAAAACUCUUUUGAAACCCAGUAAAUUUGAAUUUGCUUUUUUAACAUUGUAAUAAAUGUCCCAUGCAGUAAAUAUAGUUGGAUUAAAUCAUCAUUGAUUUUAAACAAUAAGGUAUGGUUUUACACUCGAUGAAUCUGUGAAAAGAUUUGUUGAUGUUGGCUAAGUUAUGAUGUUAAGAGCAAGGAGGUACUUUACGUCAGAGGAUUGAUGUCCAGAAAACGACUGAAAAUAAAGAGCAAACAGUUGAAUAAGCUACGCUUUCCCCACAAUACCCUUGUGAACCUUUUUUUUUUUUUUUUUUUACUGAAAUUUAACAAGAUUUGUCUGUGUAUUUUAACUUUUUAUAGUAAGUCUGACAUGUUAGAAAUGCAGUUUAAUAGAUGUUAGAUCUGUAAGAUAUGUUCUACAUUACAUGAAGAAUACUUUCUCAAAUAACGGUUGUUUGGUCUUUUAAUACCUUUUUCUUGGAGUUUGCCAGCAGCAGCUAUGCCACUGUGGUUAAUAUAUUACAUCAUGAAUGAGCCAAAACACAUCACAAAUUGAAAUAAAAACAAGAUUUAUAUGUGCUCUUUUUUUUAAUAUUGGCUGGGUUGUCUUGCUAGAAUACAAAUUUCUGUUUAUUUCCAUUUCAUUUUUGAAUCACAAUCUCGCAAAACAAAAACUUAACAUUACUCG